AUGUUUACUGAAACUGACAAGGGACUGUCUGGCGGUGCUGUGCUAAUUUUGAGCAGAUUGAUCAAUGUUCUUAAGGCCGCCAAGCAAGACGUUCCAGAAGAUCUGCUGAAGUUUGGAACCACAGUCAAGAAGAAGCAGCACGAUUCAUACGGCGCUUUCUAUAAGGACAUUGGUACAGACAAAGCGGCGACGAAGAUCACUUUUGACGAUUGA